AUGGCCGAAAAGAAUGGCGAUAUGGGUGCCGUCACCCACCAGGUUAGUAGGGUGGACGACGGCCUGGACAAGUCGGCCAAUAUCAAGGAGGCUCACGUUGCCAAUGUGGCACUUGCUGCUGCGCUUGAGGCACAGAAGCCAAAGCUGUUUUCGAAGAGCAUGAUACAGCUUUACGGCAUCAUGGGCGUUGGUUACCUUGUUUCCACCAUGAACGGCUUUGACAGCUCGCUUAUGGGUGCCAUCAACGCUAUGAAAUCAUACCAGAACUCCUUUGGGCUCAGUGGCGAAGGCUCGUCUGCCGGCAUCAUCUUCAUUAUUUACAAUCUUGGUCAAAUUGCUGCUUUCCCGGUCUGCGGUUUCUUUGCCGAUGGCUAUGGGCGUCGCAUAUGCAUCUUCGUCGGUUGUCUGGUAGUCAUCAUUGGGACAGCAGUCCAAGCGUCAGCUAACACUACGGGUCAAUUCAUCGGCGGCCGAUUCCUUCUCGGUUUCGGGGCUUCCGUUGCAAGUGCUGCUGGACCUGCAUAUACUGUCGAACUGGCUCACCCAGCGUACCGCGGAACAAUGGCCGGCAUGUACAAUAACUUCUGGUGGGUUGGCAACAUCCUGGCUGGAUGGACCACCUACGGCACAAAUCUUCACAUGGCCACCUCGUCAUGGGCUUGGAGAAUUCCGACUAUCGUUCAAUGCUUCAUCCCAGCCAUCGUUAUGGCAUGCAUCAUGUUCUUCCCUGAAACACCUCGAUGGCUCCUCAGCCAUGAUCGCAGGGAAGAGGCUAUUGCUAUCAUGGCCAAAUACCACGGUGAUGGUGACGAAAAUUCUCCCAUUGUCCAACUGCAACUCCACGAGAUCACCCAAGAUUUCUCGGCAACACGCAGUGACAAUCCGUGGUGGGACUUCCGUGAGCUUGUAAGCACAAGGGGUGCGCGUUAUCGUCUCUUCAUGGUCAUCUGCAUGGCGUUCUUCGGACAGUGGAGUGGUAACAAUGUAGUGUCAUACUUCAUGCCCCUCAUGGUCGCGCAGGCGGGAAUCGACGACCCAAACACGCAGCUCUUGAUCAAUGCCAUCAACCCAAUCUUCUCCAUGCUUGCCGCUAUCUACGGAGCAACCCUCCUGGAUCGCUUGGGACGCCGAAAGAUGCUCAUGGGUGGUCUCUGGGGCGGUCUCUUUGCCUACAUUCUCCUCACUGCAUUCACGGCGGCCUCAGAGCGCAAUAGCAAACUCUCGAUCGGCACCAUUGCCAGCAUUUACCUCUUUGGUAUUUUCUUCGCUUGGGGUUGGACGCCUCUUCAGACACUCUACUCGGUCGAGUGUCUCGAGAAUCGCACACGUGCCAAGGGCUCUGGUCUCAACUUCUUGUUCCUCAACAUUGCCAUGGUCGUCAACACAUACGGUAUCGCCGUCGGCAUGGAGAAGAUUGAGUGGAGGCUAUACCUAGUCUUCAUUGGCUGGAUCUGCGUAGAGAUUGUGGUCAUCUACUUCUUCUUCGUAGAGACUGCUGGCCGCAGUUUGGAGGAGCUCAGUGAGAUUUUCAACGCGCCAAACCCGAGGAAGGCGUCGCUCAAGCGCGCAAAGGUGGCCAUGGAUGACCGUGGCCAGGUUCUUAAUGUUGAAGAAUCUUGA